UUCAUUUUAUGCUGUUUCUCAAGUUUUUAAAAGUCAAGCAAUUCUUACAUUCUUCUCUGAUUCUCUCCUUCUGGUCUGCUUCUCUCUUUCUGACGCGCAGAAACAUGCGAAAUCGCACCUUACUGGCAUGGGGAGUAGCGAUUCUUUGCUUCAUAGUACUAAUGAUUGUCACUCCAUCCAUUCCUCAGUCUGAAGAAUACCACGAUUUCGCUGAUCAACGCGAAUUCUUUGGAAUACCCAAUACUUUGAAUGUGGUUUCCAAUUUUCCUUUUCUAGUUAUUGGUGUGGUUGGACUUGUGCUUUGCUUUUAUGGGAAUUACUUUAAAUUGAGCCUGCAAGGUGAGCUUUGGGGUUGGACUUGUUUUUUCAUUGGCGUGGCUGCAGUUGCUUUUGGUUCCGGAUACUACCAUCUCAAGCCCAAUGAUGCUCGUCUUGUGUGGGAUCGCCUGCCAAUGACUGUUGCAUUCACAUCAAUCAUUGCGAUAUUUAUCAUUGAAAGGAUUGAUGAGAGAAAGGGAACAAUAUCUAUAAUACCUUUAAUUUUGGCCGGCAUUGUAAGCAUUGCAUAUUGGAGGUUUUUUGAUGAUCUCCGCCCAUACGCUCUGGUGCAGUUUGUUCCUUGCAUUGCCAUUCCACUGAUGGCUAUCCUGUUGCCUCCAAUGUAUACACAUUCUUCCUUUUGGCUUUGGGCAGCAGGGUUUUAUCUUUUAGCUAAGGUGGAAGAAGCAACAGAUAAACCAAUAUACAGAUGGACUCAUCAUCUUGUCAGUGGGCAUACUCUCAAGCAUCUAUGUGCUGCAAUGGUUCCUGUUUUCUUGACACUUAUGCUUGCAAAGAGGAGCAUCGAAACAGAGAGGAUAAGCCUCUAUAGAAAGUGGAAGAUUUCAUGGACUGAGGUCAGAGAAAAUGGUGCAAAGGUGGAAAGUGUUAGCUGUACUUAUACAAGUAUACCUGUCGUGGAAUAACUGUAAUCCGCAUAUAGAUACUAAUCUCAUUCAAUACAGUUUUACAUCUGUACGUAGAUCAAAACCACAAAGUUAGCACUAACCCGGUUAUUAAACACUGAUCAACUUGCUGAACUGAAUGUAAUACCGGUAUGAAAAUCUUUGUUCAUUAGAAUACUGUACUCUUUGUAUAGAAAGAAAUACAUGUUCAUCUGACCUGAUUA